UUUUGAUUGGGACAUUUAGCCUGCUUACCUUCAAGGACUCAGUGACCUUUGAGGAUGUGGCUGUGAACUUCUCUCAGGAGGAGUGGGCUUUGCUGGAUCCUUCCCAGAAGAAUCUCUACAGGGAUGUGAUGCAGGAAACCUUCAAGAACCUGAUGUCUGUAGGAAUAAAAUGUGAAGACCAGAUCAUUGAAGAUCAGUACAAUAAUUCUAGAAGAAAUCUAAGAAGUCAUAUGGUAGAGACAGUCUGAAGGUAAGGAAGAUGGUCAAUGUGAAGAAAUCUUCAGCCUUAUUCCAAAUGGUAUAGUGAAGAGGGCUUUUACUGGAGUCAAAUCGUAUGAAAGCAGUGUGUGGAGAAGGCAAUAUGGAUCAUUCAUCUCUUAACUGCUACAUCAGAGCUGACACUGGACACAAAUCAGAUGAGUGUCAGGAACAUAGAAGCCACAUAGGCAAUGUGUGAAAACAUUCAGCUAUUGCCACUCCUUUCAAACACAUGAAAGGCCUCACACUGGAAAGAAACUCCAUGUAAGAAAUGUGGAAAAACCUUCAUUUCUGUUCAAACCUUUUGAAGACACAUGGUAAUGCACAGUGAAGAUGAACCUUAUAAAUGUAAGUUUUGUGGGAAGGCCUUUGAUAAUCUACAUUUAUAUCUUACACAUGAAAGAACUCACACUGGAGAGAAACCUUAUGAAUGUAAACAAUGUGGUAAAUCCUUCGGUUAUGCUGCUACCCUUCGAGAGCACAAAAGAACUCACACUGGAGAGAAACCCUGUGAAUGUAAUAAAUGUGGGAAAGCCUUCAGUUGUUCCAGUUCCAUUCGAAAACAUGCAAGAAUUCACACCGGAGAGAAACCCUAUAUAUGUAAACAAUGUGGCAAAGCCUUUAGAUAUUCCAGUUCUGUUCAGAAUCAUGAAAACACUCACACUGGUGAAAAACCCUAUGAAUGUAAGCAAUGUGGGAAAGCCUUUAGUUAUUCCAGUUAUUUUCGAAUACAUGAAAGAAUUCACACUGGAGAGCAGGUGUAUAAAUGUAAGCAAUGUGGAAAAACAUUCACUUAUCCCAGUGCCUUUCAUAAACAUAAAAGUACCCACACUUCACAGAAACUUUAUGAAUGUAAGGAAUAUGGGAAAGCAUUUGUUUUAGUUCCUUUCAUAGUCAUGAAGGGAUUCACACUGGAGAGAAACCCUAUGAAUGCAGAACAUGUGGAAAAACCUUCAGUAGUUCUAAGUACUUAAAAAUACAUGGAAGAACUCACACUGGAGAGAAGUCCUAUGCAUGUAAAGAAUGAGGGAAAGUAUU